AAAGAAACAAAAAAAAUGCCUUUUGCUCAGCUUCUUACCAAUAAAGCAUCAUUAAAAGAGUUAAAAGAUGCAGAAAAAGAGACUGAAAAAAAGGCUAAUGAGAUAAAAUGCAAGAAGAAAUCUGCAACUCAAAAAAGAUUAAAAUGGGAGGCUAAAAAGGCAUAA